ACUCGGAGGGGCGGGAGCAAGGUCCGCCUGGCCCCUUAAGGGCGAGCCGCCCUCAUUCAAGAUGGCGACUAAGGCUUCCCACCUGGUACAGCGCUGAUUGGAUGAGGGCUGGAGGACUUCCGGGAGAUACCUGUGAGUCUGUGGGACAGCUGAGAGGAGUUUGCACGUGGAUCGUCCGCAGGGUGGGCAGGAUGGAGACUGCCCCCAAGCCGGGCAGGGAUAUCCCUCCCAAGAAAGACAAACUUCCGACCAAGAAAAAGAGACCGCGGCGAUACUGGGAGGAAGAGACCACUCCGACCGCUGCCGCCGCCUCUCCAGGGCCCCCUCCUAACAAGAAGAGGAAUCGAGAGCUCCGCCCCCAGAAGCCAAAGAACACUCACACCCCAAAGAAGUCUCGCGUCUCCAAGAAGCCCCAGAUCGUAAAGAAACCCCGGGAACGGAGGGAUGCGGAGCCGCCGCGGAGCUUGUCGGGGGCCCAGGACCCAUUCCCAGGCCCCGCCCCGGUCUCUGUGGAGGUUGCUCAGAAGUUCCGUCGCAUUGAUAAAUCCAAAAAGCUGCCACAUUCUAAGUCCAAAACCCGAAGCCGGCUUGAGGUGGCUGAGGCUGAGGAAGAGGAAAUAAGUGUCAAAGCCGCUCGUUCGGAGCUGCUGCUUGCAGAGGAGCCUGGGUUCCUGGAAGGGGAGGAUGGGGAGGACACAGCAAAGAUUCUCCAGGCAGACAUCGUGGAGGCUGUGGACAUUGCAAGUGCGGCCAAGCACUUUGACUUGAACUUGCGACAGUUUGGACCCUACAGGCUGAAUUACUCUCAGACUGGGAGACACUUGGCUUUCGGAGGGCGCCGGGGUCAUGUGGCUGCCCUUGACUGGGUGACGAAGAAGCUCAUGUGUGAGAUCAACGUCAUGGAGGCGGUGCGGGACAUCCGGUUCCUGCAUUCGGAGGCACUGCUUGCUGUCGCUCAGAACCGCUGGCUUCACAUCUACGACAACCAGGGAAUUGAACUCCACUGCAUCCGCCGCUGCGACCGCGUCACGCGGCUUGAGUUCCUGCCUUUCCACUUCCUCCUGGCCACCUCUUCAGAGACAGGCUUUCUGACCUACCUGGACGUGUCAGUGGGGAAGAUUGUGGCAGCUCUGAAUGCCCGGGCCGGACGACUGGACGUCAUGACCCAGAACCCUUACAAUGCCGUCAUCCAUCUUGGACACAGCAAUGGUACUGUGUCCUUAUGGAGUCCAGCCAUGAAGGAGCCGUUGGCAAAGAUUCUCUGUCACCGCGGGGGGGUCCGGGCUGUGGCAGUAGAUUCUACAGGCACGUACAUGGCCACCUCUGGCCUGGACCACCAGCUGAAGAUCUUUGACUUGCGAGGGACGUUCCAGCCUCUGAGUGCUCGGACCCUGCCCCAGGGAGCGGGGCACCUGGCCUUCUCCCAGCGGGGACUGCUGGCCGCAGGAAUGGGUGAUGUGGUCAACAUAUGGGCAGGGCAGGGCAAGGCCAGCCCACCCUCCCUGGAGAAGCCCUAUCUCACCCACCGUCUCUCAGGCCACGUGCAUGGCCUUCAGUUCUGCCCCUUUGAAGACGUGCUGGGGGUGGGGCACAGUGGGGGCAUCACCAGCAUGCUGGUCCCUGGGGCUGCUGAGCCCAACUUUGACGGCCUGGAGAGUAAUCCAUACAGGAGCCGGAAGCAGAGGCAGGAGUGGGAGGUGAAGGCCCUGCUGGAGAAGGUACCUGCAGAGCUCAUUUGUCUGGACCCACGAGCCCUGGCAGAGGUUGAUGUCAUCUCUUUGGAGCAGGCAAAGAAGGAACGGAUAGAGAGGCUGGGCUACGACCCAGAGUCCAAGGCUCCCUUCCAGCCAAAGCCGAAGCUGAAGGGCCGAAGCUCCACAGCAAGCCUGGUGAAGAGGAAGAGGAAGGUCAUGGACGAGGAACACAGGGACAAAGUCCGACAGAGCCUUGAGCAGCAGCCACAGAAGCAAGAGAAGGCGGCCAAGCCCAUGGGGGCCCGGCCAUCUGCCCUGGACAGAUUUGUGCGCUGAGCCAGGCUCCAAGAUGGCCUGGGAACAACACUCUCUCCCCAAGAUCACCUGUGGGGGGAAUUCCUGUUCCCUGGAAUGAGGAGGGGCAGGUGCCCCUUCCCCAACUGGGAAUAGACAGCUGGCUCCUGGGAUGGGUGGGUAUUAAAGAAGAAAGUGAAGUUUUUGGA